CCACGUGUGACUCUACAUGGCAACCUGGCAUCGCAUCUUGGAAUGGAACCAUCCAUCCUUCAACCAACAACGCCACACUCUUCUUGUCCUCCAACUUUGGGUUAUGCCUAUGCCUAUGCUUAUGGCGCUUCUUCUUUUUCACCACCACCACCAUCACCAUCUUCUUCUUCUUCCUUUCCAAUUUUAUGAUCCUUGUUGAAACUCUUUCUUCCUUUCUCUCUCCCUUCCCAACCCCUCUCAGCUCAGGACAUAGGACCCCACUUCCACAAUCUUAACAAAACAAAAACCAAAAGCAAUAGUGUGUGUGUGAGAGAGAGAACCACCAACGCCGUUGAAACCCAUCAAGAUUUUUCAAUUGGGUCAUGUUUUCACUCCGAAAUUUCGAAUUUUUUGUAUCUGGGUGUCGUCCAAUUCGCCAUGUCAGGUACCGCUAACGGUUCCCUCUAAAUUUGGAUCUGUAGUCGGGGCUUCGGAUUCGUGUUUCCGCUUCGAAUUAUUUUGUUUCUCUUUGUGUAAUAGGCUCGUGGUUAUUCUCGGAAACGUGAUUGGCUUUUUUAUUUAAUUAUUAUUAUUAUUUUCCUAAUCUUCAACGUCAUUUGAAAUCGUAAACUCACCCACCUAUCGGGUGUAGCAGCAACGGGUAACACUCUGCGGUUCCUGUAUGAGGUUAUGAAACUUGGGAGUGAGUGGUGCUCAUGUGUAAUAAAGGGUUUCAAUGCUUGAGCGAGUCUGAGAGUGUAAUUGAAUAUCGACAACACUUGUUGAUGGAUAGUCCCACAGCGGUUCGAUUGCUGGCUACUGGUUCCGGUUCAGCACCCGGUUCCGGCGAUGAUAGCCGGCGUGUUAAGUUCUUGUGUAGCUUUCUGGGGAGUAUAAUGCCCCGUCCCCAAGAUGGGAAGCUUCGUUAUGUUGGUGGAGAGACACGUAUUGUGAGUGUUCCAAGAGAUAUUAGCUAUGAUGAGUUGAUGGGAAAGAUGAGAGAGCUGUAUGAAGGGGCAGCUGUGUUGAAGUACCAGCAGCCUGAUGAGGAUCUUGAUGCCCUUGUCUCUGUUGUCAAUGAUGAUGAUGUGGUUAACAUGAUGGAAGAGUAUGACAAGUUGGGGUCAGGGGAUGGGUUCACUAGGCUCAGGGUUUUCUUGUUUUCGCAAUCUGAGCAGGAUGGUUCCUCUCACUUCAUUGAUGGGGAUGAAUCUGAGAGGAGGUAUGUUGAUGCAUUGAAUAGUUUAAAUGAUGCUUCUGACUUUAGGAGGUUGCAGCAAGCGGAGUUUGCUAUGGUUGGCCCUGUUGAGGAUAUCCAUGUGGCUGAUCAGUUCUUUAAUCGACUCAGUGUGGAUAGUGGAAUUCCUAGCCAGAGAAGUGGGGAACUAUCUAUGUCACAGUACAAUUUGCAUCAUCUCACGAUCCAGCACCAGCCAUCUAUUGGCCAGAGAUAUAGUGAAAUGGAUACUUCGUGGAAUCCUGCUUAUUACUCUCCUAGGCAUCAUGGUCACCAUGCUGAAUUUCCAUCUUCUCCUUCUGGUACAAGGUACCGUGUGCCAUUUCCUGAGUUACCAGAUAAGGGCAUUGAUAGAGUUUCGGAUGAGUAUGCUCGGCAUCAUGUGAAUCACCAUCCUGUGUAUGACAAUCAACCGCAAUAUUCUGAAAAUGUUGUGUGGUUGCCAACUGGAGCAGCACAUGGUGAGAAGUCGGGUUUUCCGGGCAACAUUCUUCAUGGCCCCCAUGUUCUUGAUGGGAACAGUAUAUGUGAGCAAUGUCGCAUGAGUUUUCCGAGAGGUCAACCAGCUGUGGAGCAUCCUAAUGUUAGUAAUGGACUUCCACUGGUUGCUAAUCCAUGUGCAGAAUGCCCCUCAAACAGGGAUAGUUUCACGGUGAAUGCUGAUGCAAAGUUACAUCCUAUGAUCUAUCCAAAUGAUCUUAAUAAUGAUCAUAGGUCUAUUUAUAGUGAUACCCAGAAUCAUGAGAGAGGAUGGGGUUUGCAGCAUCAGACAACUGCUCGGGUUGAGGAAUCAAGAGGGCAUGUCUCUGGAUCUGGAAGAUUGAGUGAUCAUUAUGUCAGCGAUAUUCCUGUUAUAAAUUUCUCUCCGGGGCAUGAUAGUGUGACUGAUGGACAUACUACGUCUUCCAAUUAUGCUCCUCAACGGGCUGCUCCUGAAUUGGGAGCUGAACUCUUUCCUGACCAAACUGUGGCUGCUAUACCACAUCUACAAAUUCCUCCCCUGGAAGAGCACAAUGUGCGGUAUGGAAAUCCAUCUUCUCCUUAUGGAGUAGAUAGUAAUUACGCUUGUGGUCACGUACCUGGGCAUGCUUUCAGGAGAAAUGCUCCAACUCCAGUUCAUAUUGGACCCACUUAUGAGACAACCACUCCACCUCAGCAGGUGAAUGGUAUGAUAAAUGCUGGAUUAAUCAGGGGAGAGGGUAGUCCAAGAUUUUUCAUUGGACCAGAUAGUCAAAAUCCAUGGGUUGAUUCCUCACAGAAACUGUCAGGAAAUGAUGGGACUGCCAUCCCGGAACAUCCUUAUGCACAUGCUCUGAAGUUGAAUCCAAAGUCCCUAGGUCAGGAAAAUCAACACUCAAUUAUUGUAGAUACCAUUCAUCCCCCACAAGACAUAAAUGCUGGAACCUGCUUCGAACCCAUGCAGCUGCCAAAACCAUCUUUUAAUAUGGUUCACAAUAAAGAGGUUUUAAGAAAUGACACUCCUCUGACUGUAGCAGUGAGUUUGCAGUCGAAAAGUUUGCUCAGAGAAGGGGUAGAGAGGGACAAGGUUGAAAACUCUAAUGUGCAGAGUAUAUCUUUUUCAGAGCAAAAUAAAAUUGCUGAGAAUGUAUGCGAAGCUGCUGCUCCUGUUGAGUCUAACAAUUCAAAUUCAAAACCUGCAGCAGAGUGUGGGCAUGUUGAGAAAUUGGCUGGUGAGGACUGUUCUGCUCCGGAAGAUUCUAAGCAUUUGGUUCAUCAAUUCAGCUUCUUGCCUGAGUUGAUUGCUUCUGUAAAAAAGGCUGCAUUAGAAGUUGCUGAGGAGGUGAAAACUGCAGCUGAUGAGCAUGCCAGUUCUCAGAUACACAAUUCAAAUACCAAAGAAGAAACAGCAAAUGAAGUAGAACCCGUGAAUGCUCAUGGUGAUUUAGAAUUGGACUCUGAAAUUGACCAUGUAGAUACUUCUAAAAUUGAACCUACAAAGGCUGAGGCAGAAGCAAUUGCUAGGGGAUUGCAGACUAUUAAAAAUGAUGAUUUGGAGGAGAUCCGCGAGCUAGGUUCUGGAACUUAUGGGGCUGUUUAUCAUGGGAAAUGGAAAGGUUCUGAUGUUGCCAUAAAGAGAAUAAAAGCCAGUUGUUUUGCUGGAAGACCAUCUGAAAGAGCAAGAUUGAUUGCAGAUUUCUGGAAGGAGGCAUUGAUGCUCAGUUCAUUACAUCAUCCAAAUGUUGUCUCCUUCUAUGGUAUUGUUCGUGAUGGACCUGAUGGUUCUUUAGCAACAGUAACAGAAUUCAUGGUUAAUGGAUCUUUAAAACAGUUCUUGCAUAAGAAAGAUAGAACGAUAGAUCGUCGUAAGAGGCUCAUUAUUGCUAUGGAUGCUGCAUUUGGGAUGGAGUAUUUGCAUGGAAAGAACAUUGUGCAUUUUGAUUUGAAGUGUGAGAAUCUAUUGGUUAAUAUGAGAGACCCACAACGGCCUGUCUGUAAGAUUGGUGACUUGGGUUUAUCUAAGGUUAAACAGCAUACUCUAGUGUCUGGAGGAGUACGGGGAACUUUGCCAUGGAUGGCACCUGAACUUCUCAGCGGGAAAAGCAAUAUGGUGUCCGAGAAGAUUGAUGUUUACUCAUUUGGGAUAGUCAUGUGGGAGUUACUCACAGGGGAUGAACCCUAUGCUGAGAUGCAUUGCGCUUCAAUAAUAGGAGGAAUUGUGAACAACAUUUUACGUCCUCAAAUCCCAACGUGGUGUGAUCCUGAGUGGAAGUCUCUAAUGGAAAGUUGUUGGUCUUCUGAUCCUGUUGAAAGGCCAUCAUUUUCAGAAAUUUCCAAGAAGCUGAGGAGUAUGGCUGCUUCAAUGAAUUUGAAAUAGUCAAUUGAUCUUGAAAUAGUCAAUUGCCCUUACAUUGUAUGUAGCCUAGAAUUGGUGGAAGAAGGGAAAUAAGGCGAAGCAUGAUUCUUCCAGUUCAAGGCACCAACAAGCUUAGCUUUAAAAGGGAAAAAAAAAGGAUUUAAAGGCCCUAUAUUCAAGCUUAUCCACGCUUAUAUUGUAAUAUCAUGCCUCGGUUUAGUCUAAAAAAUCUUAUGUAAUGUUGCCUUUAAUGGUAUUUUCCUUAGUGCAGUUAAUGGCACUUUAGCAUGGAUUUCCUCCCAGAAGCGGCAUUGUGCUCUGAAGAAAGCUACAUGUGGAAUAUCAGAAUGUCACAGUGGCUUUUGCACGUGAUCAGGGUGAUGGUAGCAAUAGUAGUAGUUUUACCAUCAACUGAGGGGGAACCAUGCCUUCUGGAGGGAUGUGUACAUAAAUUAACCAACGACACGCUUCCUGUGCUUCAUAUGGAGAGGAUAAUGACGAAUUAUGCUUCCUAUUUGCAAAUGGAACAAUCGAACAAAUUCAAUUUGUCAUAAACAUUUAAUUUGAGUUGCUUUAUUAUAUUGAUAUGAUAUAUUCUCAAUGACAUGAAUAUGCAUGCUUAAAGAUGUGUUUUGGCUGUUGAAGCUGUAUCAAU